AUGCAGUGUGUAUUGGGUAUGCUGGAAAAGCGCACUAAGGAACUGGUGGAAAAACUAAGGCGGAAAUUGGAGGGUGGAUCGGGUGGAUCCAGAAGCUCUGAAAAAUCAGUGAUUCUCUUGAAGAGAGAUAGAUCAGGAAACGUCGUACCAGCCCGAAGUAACAAAAGCAGCUCUGAACGUUUUGCCGAGACCUCGUCACGCAUUCAACGCGAAUAUGGCAAAGAACAAAACUUCAGGGAUAUGGUCCAAGAAGAGAAGUCGUCAACCGCGGAAGAUCAGCUUAUGUUGUUCCAUAAAUCGAUCAUCGUGGGUCUUUUCUUUACAUGUUUCCUUUUUUUAUCAGCUAAAAUUGUUACCUUAAGGCAUUUAGUGCCUAGCGGUUUCAAUUUCUUUCCUUAUGUGCGCUUGAUUCAAGUCGGUAAAUUUUGAAU